AUGGCUGAAUGUUCAACGCCAUAUUUAAUUAAUCUUCACGAGAAAGGUGAUGAUAAAGAUAUUUCUGAUAUGUCUUUUGCGAAUCAAGGUCUUGAUAAAACCGAUCAGUGCGUUUCUAAGGUACAGCAUGAUGGAAAUUUAGCUGGCGAAAAUAAUGAAAUAGAAAGAUAUUAUACUCCUGUACAAACUGUUCGUCGGCGUGUGGAUCUCAAGGAUGGUUCGACCUAUUUUGAUACUCCUAGACCUUGGUUACCCGAAAAUUCUGGGAAUCAUGGACAUCUACUUGAAUAUGAUUCACCUACACCUAAAUCAUCUUGGCCUCGUCCA